UUCCAAGGGACUAAUUUGGAAAAUAUCAUCGGGGGCCCUUGAUUUUAACUCUUUCAGUAUUUUAUUUUUCUCUCUGUUUCUGUAGCCGGCGGAGAUGUCGUCGUCGUCGUCCCCCGAUCAGCCGCCGCAACCGGCGCUGUUCUCUCUUCCGGCAUCCUUCGAUCCGGUAAAUAAUCCUCAACAUCAAGCACUCUUAAACCAGAUGAACUCUCUAAAUGCUAAGUAUGAGGAUGGAAAGUCUAUCAGUGCUUCAGUGAAGAAACACCUCGAAGCCGGCGACUACGAACAAGCUCUUUCCCAAUAUACCAAACUCGAUUCCAUCAUUAAGGAACUGGUUUCCUUCCAAAAACAGUUGGAUAACGAAUCCCAGAUCUGCACUACUGGGGAUUUGGGAGACGUCAUAAGGAGAUUAAUGAAUUUCGGACUCAGUCAAGAUGGAAGCCCAGGUUCUUGAUUGAAAAUAAGGGAUGAAGAUGGGGGGCUGGAUUUCAGGGGAUCUAAAUGGCUGAAUGGGACUCAUGGAGUGUAUUAUAUUGUUUCUGGGUUUGAAUGGCUUGUUGGCACAGAAAUGAAACUGCAAGCAGUUGGAUUUAUAUGGUCUGAGACAAAACAUUACUGAUGGAAAGAAGAAUUUGGUCCGAGGACAGAAUGCCGCACCCUGUAUGCUGGCUGUGUGAAGAACGGAAAUGAAACAUUGUUGCAUCAAUUGUUCUUCGACUGCCAGCAUGCCGCUACAACACUGAACAAGAUUAAAAGCCUGGUUAGAGAAUUCUAAACUCUCAACCCAAAUGAGAAGGUGGCAGCAGGAGGUCGUUAAAAUAUAGAGAAGUACGAUUGAUACUCCAGUGGAGAAUACUUAGGGUGGCUUUCAUGGUGUGUUUGUAUCACCUGUGGGGAGUGCGUAACCAACGUAUGUUAAUUUGCUGGAAAGAAAAAGGAACUGUUGAUGUGAUAGUGUCUUCAAGGAAAUGCUGAUCUUGAAGACACUUUUCCCUUGAACUUAUUAAUUUGUCUUGUUUUUGUUUAGUUUUACAUGUGAACUUAUUAGUGACAUAUUUACAGCAGCUGCUUCCUUUCCUUUCCUUUCCUUUUUUGCGGAUGGAAGAAACUUUGAACUUUUACUCCAGAUUAACAAUGUGCACACAAUAUCUCAUACUGAUAAUACCUAUUUACAAGUAAAGUAUAUAUGCUUUAUU